AUGACAGAUGUAUUUGCAAGUGUGUUUGAAGAAUUAGUGCCAACUCCGCCUAUUGAACACUUAGGUGCCUCUGAUUUAUCUUUCCAAGGAAGGUUGGACCCUCCACUAAAGAUUUAUGAAGAUGGAGGUGAAUCUGGAUGCGGUGGCAAAGUGUGGAUAGCAGGAGAGUUGCUAUGUGAUUUUCUUUUGGAGAAAUCAAAAGAUGGUCAGCUGCUUUCCAAAUUUGUCAAAAACGGUAAGCAAUUCAAUAAGGUGCUUGAAUUAGGAAGUGGUACAGGUCUAGUGGGGUUAUGCAUUGGGAUGCACAAUAUAAUGCACGAAGUGAAUGAUAUGGAUGUGUACAUAACUGACAUUGAUACUUUGUGCCCGUUAAUGGCUAGAAAUGUGCGUAUGAAUAAUUUGGAAGGUAGGGUACAUCCAAGAGAGUUAUUCUGGGGUGAUGAACUACCCGCCGAAUUCAGAAACAAAGAUAGUCCAGUGGAUCUUAUUUUGGCUGCUGACUGUGUCUAUUUAGAGAAGGCGUUCCCACUACUAGAGAUGAAAUUGUUAGAGCUAACUGCAAACCAAGAAGUGCAGCCCGUUGUCUUAAUGUCUUAUCGGAAAAGGAGAAAGGCUGAUAAAAAGUUCUUCUUAAAGAUCAAGAAACACUUUGUUAUAACAGAAUUAACAGACUUCAAACGUUACGAUGAGUAUAUAAAGCAAAGAACGCACAUAUUUCAAUUGGUGCGAAGAUCAUCCAUUAAACAGCAACAAGCGAGAGCUUGA